UCUCCCUCCGUUGCUGCGUACAGACUGUAUUUAUCAAGGCCAGUCUUGAGAUGAUCUAAAGAAAGAGGACUCAACAAGUAAAGCAGGAGAAGGAGGAGAAAUCCAGACCUUGAUUAAAUCAAUUAUAAAGAAAGUCAAAUGUCUCAUUGGUUAUCUGAUUAUCACUAGUUUAUCUGAGUUCUUCUCGCGAUAUUCUCCGUGUGCAGGGGACUCGUUACCAUGGAUACACCUAAACUAGAAGUUGUGAUUUCCUCACAAGCUGUUUGUCGGUUGGAAGUGAUAUAGCCGGGCAAACUUUGCCACACCAUGGCCUUUUUCGGUAUGACACACCUGGGCUAUCAAAACCCAAUCGGCGAUAAAAUGAUAGUGAAUCCCAAAGGAGCAUCUCAUCCGCAGGGGCUGUCUAAAUCUCUUGAAGAACAACAGGAUACCUGCAACGUUACCCUGCCUCGUUCCUACUGCGCUGACACACACCAGGGGAGCCAUGAGCGACACAAAGAGAUGAUCAAAAGGAAUCAAACGCCCAGAUCCCCUAACCAGCUGUACAAAAUGCCUCUAACGGACAACCAGCAGUAUGGAUGGAUGCUGUCCAAAAGUCCUGAACCAUGGACCCAAGUCAAGCGCUUUCCACGAAAGAACAGUGAGAUGACAAAGUUUUUUGAAGAAAUGUCAGUGACAGACCAGAGUUUCAGCCUGCUCUGACAGCCUGUUCCACACACACACACACACACAGACACACACACACACACACACACACACACGAAACAGUACUGGUUUUGAUGUGAAUUUCUGAGAUUAAACUGCUUCCAGAU